AUGGCAUCAUCAACUCGUAAGAAAAUUGCAUCAUCUAAUAAUAAAACUCCAAAUGAUGAUCCUUUAUCUGCUUUUACACCUAUCAAGCCUCGAUUGGUUGCAUCUCACUUCAAACCAUUAAAUCUGCUUCAGCUUGGAGAAAUGUUAUAUAAAACAAUGCAAUACGUCAAAGGUACAUAUGAGAAAGCAAUUUCUGCCAAUGAAGUUGUAGUUCGCACUGAAAAUAUUAUUAAUGAGUUUAUAAUAGAAUAUAAAAUGUCUGAAGAAAGAAAUAAUGUCAACAAUAAUAAUGAAGUUAUUAAAGGAUUUGUAAAAAAAAAUAGCCUGGUAUAUCAUAAUAGUAUGCAAGAAGCUAUUUAUACAGCUCUAAUUAUCGAGCAUCCAAAUAAGAUUAAAAAAAUUGAAAAUAUUAAAGGUGUAUGGCCUAAAUAUUGGUCUGAAGUAUUACAAUCAACGGUUCAUUAUGAAUUUCAUAUUAAACGUGCAAGCUAUGUUCAAAAUAUUAAAGAUACCAUAAUGAAUAUUUUCAGAAAGGCAUUUAUAGGAGCUUAUCCGUGUUAUAAAGAAACAUCAACUGAAGUUUUAGAGUGA